AUCCGAUCGGAUUUCCUCACGCUGCCGCGUCCCGAAUUCGAACGUCAACGGACUUUCCCGCCGCGCGCCGAACAGCUGAACGCAGCAGCUGAUCGCGCCAACUUCACUCUAUUUACGUCAAAAAAACCCGCCAGAAAAACGGAACGGUCCGGUUUUCGCGCCCGCAGUCGCGAUCGAGCCGGUCCGUGGUGAACAUGAGCCGAGGUUUCUGCGAUUUUCCCGCCGCCGACAUGGCCGAAUUCUAUUGCGAAUUGUCUCUGUACGAAGACACGACAGAUUCCGGCUUCGCCGACGAAGUCCCCGACUUCAGUAACCUGCUGCACGGGUCCCUGCUGGUGGAAAACGACCCGGAAGCCUCGGUGUGCUUUUCUCCCGCCAAGGGCGACAACGGGACCCCCGGCAAGUGUUGGCUGACGAAGAAACGGAGGACGAACCCGUCGCCGGAGCCCUCGACGCCUUCCAAGGAGGCCGCGUUCCGUCUGAAGAGGUUGAAGAUAUUCGGUUUGGAUGAUGUAGCGUGUCGCGAGCACGUCAAGGAGGCGGUGGAGAAGUCGUCGACGGACGAGUGCGAUCUGAUCGGCGAUUUUUCGAAGGCCUACUGCCUGCCGACGAUCUCGGGCGCCCAUCCCGAUUUGAAAACAAUCUCGGUGGACACAAUGAAGGAUUUAAUCGAAGGCGUUUACGGGGACGUGCUCGCUUCUUAUAAGAUCAUAGAUAGCCGAUAUCCGUACGAAUUCGAAGGGGGCCAUAUCCAAGGCGCCAACAACUGUUACUCGAAGGAAGAGUGCCUGAAGCUGCUCGAUGAGCCGAGGAAGCAGAAGGACGAACGACACGUGCUCAUUUUCCACUGCGAGUUUUCUAGGGAGAGGGGGCCCAACAUGUACCGCCACCUCAGGAAGGAAGACCGAUUGAGGAACGGCGAGAACUACCCGGAUCUCUGCUACCCCGAGAUCUACGUCCUCGACGGAGGCUACAAGAGGUUUUUUGAGUCAUACCCGCACCUGUGCCAGCCCGCCACCUACACAAAGAUGCUGCAUCCAGAGCAUGAGCAGGACCUCCGGUAUUUUCGUCAAAAGUCCAAGACGUCGGAAGGCGACUCCAAAACCAAUGGCCGCAAACCCAAGGCGGUCCGGCGCUUCCUGUCCGACAUGAAUUAGGCCGACGUGUGUGUGGUGUUCGGGUAUUCGUUUCUUUCUCGUACCGGGAUUGAUUUGAAGUUUUAGUUUUGGCGAAACUAAUUUUUGUUGAGCCGUUCACCCCCCCCUCUGUGGUAUGGGGCAUGGUCCGAGUGAGGCGCUUAAUUUUUCGAAGGUUGGAAAUAGGAUUAGACACAUGCUUUUGCUUUCUCCCCCUGACUUGGUAUUUAUGUAAUAAGGAUUUCGACUGAAGAAACUUUGUACUAGCGAGUAGUUAAUCCCAUAUGUGAUGUUUAGUUUUAACAAAAAAAAGUUUUUUAUACGACAAAUUUUUAGUCUUAGAUCGCUUGCGAACAUGUGUGCAAUAGGAGAGAAAAAAAAACAAAAACGAUUACCCUUUUACGUUUCCCCGUGCAAUUUGUUUAGUUUUUUAUAUAUAUGAUUUUAUGUUCCUGUAAAGUUUAAGUACUGAAUAAAGAGAUUUUUUGAUACUUUUGUAA